AUGGGAGUGCUACAGCCACGAGCUCGUCGUGACUCCCGCGCAUCGGCCCUAUCACAUCGCAAUUGGGGUUUCGAUCGCGAUGCAGACUUCUCCGUCCAAUCCUCCUCACUGGUGGAGCACGCCAACGCAAACCUAGGCAGCUCCCCCGGUGCCGGCAUGGAGCCUUCAAGUUAUAACAGCUCCAGUCUACGUACUCCAAGCCGCUCCUUUGUUCAUCGUUCCUUCAAUACUCCCACCGACCCGGCUCACUAUGCCACAGAUAGUCUCCGGGAACAGACUGCGGAGCUGGCUACCUACGGUCUAUCCUUGAAUAAAAAGCCCUCGCGGGGACGAACAAGCUUGCCGCCUGGUCUAGAUAUCUUCCGGGAGCAAAACCGACACCAUCAACCUGGUCCCAGCGGCUCGCAGGAUGCUAUUGCCAGUUCCUUGCCCACACUAGGAGAAACAUCUGUUGAUCUGGAAACUGCCCCGAAAGAUCUCUCUCCCUCAUCUUCGGCUCUUACCGAUAUGAUGCGUGGUUCAUACCCGGAUUUUGUGGAUGAAAAUGCCAAAACAAUUGAAGAGACACCAUUUCCGCCAUUGCCGACCAUCCUAGACGAACCCGAGCCGCGAGACUCGGAAAGAACAUCGUUAUUAUCCAAAACUCGAUCCAGGUCACCCCAUGGUUAUGGAGCAGUCGAGGAUAUCGAGAAUCAGGGCUUUACAGCCCGACGACCAGCCAAGUUCUUCAUCAAGGGGAGGGCCAAUGUUGCCAAGUGGUCCAGGAUACUAUUUAAUCCAAAGUCCUGGGAUAGACGUGCGAUUUGGCAAGAAGGAGUCGUUCAUCCUUUCAGUCUAAUCCCCGCGGUCCUGUUAGGUCUUCUCCUCAACAUUCUUGAUGCUUUGUCCUACGGAAUGAUCCUAUUCCCACUGGGAGAGCCGCUUUUUGCAGCUCUUGGAUCUGAUGGAAUCUCAAUGUUCUAUGUCAGUACCAUCAUCUCACAGGUGGUAUUCUCAUGUGGAGGCUCGAUCUUCAAGGGAGGAAUCGGAAGCGAGAUGAUUGAGGUUGUGCCAUUCUUUCAUCAGAUGGCGUUUACCAUUCUUGCCCGAAUUGGCAAUGACAACCCUCAGUCAGUGCUGGCGACAACCAUUUUAGCUUUCUCGGUCAGCUCCGUCUUGACAGGGUUGGUAUUCUUUCUCAUGGGCGUUUGCGGGCUCGGUUCGCUUAUUGGAUUCUUCCCUCGUCAUAUCCUUAUCGGCUGCAUUGGUGGUGUGGGUUAUUUCCUCCUUGCAACCGGAGUUGAGGUCUCCGCCCGCUUGUCCGGCUCCCUCGAUUACAACCUCAUUACCUUACAGAAGCUCUUUCAACUCGACACUUUUCCACUUUGGAUUAUACCCUUGUCUCUAGCAAUUGCUCUCCUCAUUUUGAAGCGUUUUAUUCGAUCAACAUUCCUGGUUGGCACUUAUUUCAUGGCGGUUGCGGGCUUGUUUUAUGUCGUUAUCCUAUGCGCAGGUAUCCCAAUGGAUACUCUGCAUCAGAAGGGAUGGGUCUUUGAUGCACCAUCAUCCAACAAUCCGUGGUACCACUUCUAUACUCUUUAUGACUUUUCUGCCGUCAACUGGACUGCCUUUGCCGACACGAUCCCGGCAAUGUUUGCUCUGACCUUCUUCGGAGUUCUUCAUGUGCCUAUCAAUGUGCCAGCCCUUGGCAUCUCGACCGGAGAAGACAAUCUCAAUGUGGACCGAGAGCUUAUGGCACACGGUGUGACCAAUGCUCUCUCGGGAUUUGCCGGGAGUAUUCAAAACUAUCUUGUGUACACCAACAGCUUGAUGUUUAUUGCUAGUGGUGGAUCCUCCCGUUUGGCGGGACUUAUGCUGGCUGCAGCCACCGCAGGAAUCAUGGUCAUGGGACCAGUGAUCAUAGGAUACAUUCCUGUUAUGGUUGUCGGUGCUCUGAUUUUUCUUCUGGGUAUUGAGUUACUUGAGGAGGCAUUGGUAGACACAUGGGGGAAAUUGUCGCGUCUGGAAUACUUGACGGUGGUGAUAAUUGUUCUCACUAUGGGGGCUGUUGAUUUCGUGAUGGGAAUCUUGGUUGGAAUCAUUCUGGCCUGCGUCAACUUUGUGGUACAGACCUCUCGCAAGUCUGCCAUUCGAGCAACUUUCUCGGGAGAAAUUGCAGGCUCGACCGUCCGUCGCCCUCCUAUUCAACAAGAGUUCUUGCAUGAAGCUGGACAACAGACGCUCAUAAUGAAACUGGGCGGUUAUCUCUUCUUCGGCACGAUCGUGAAUGUAGAAAACACCAUGCGAGGACUAAUAGAGGAGGAAGCCUUCCAGCAACAACCGAUCCGCAACCUGAUUCUAGACUUCUCCCGGGUCUAUGGAUUGGACUUCUCGGCAGCCGAGGCCUUCACACGCAUCAAUCGUGUUCUACGCAAACGCAAUGUCCAGACGACCAUCUCCGGCCUCGAUAUCGAGGGCGAAGUCGGCAAAAGUCUACAGAACGUGGGUUUGUUCGAGUCCGACUCGGGCGUACCAAUCUUCGAAGACCUAAACUCAGCCCUCGAAUUCUGCGAGAACGGUUACCUGAAAGUCUUUUACAGCCGCCAAGAAGCCCUCCUUAGCACACGCACCGGCACCCCCGAUCCCAACAACGAUAACAGCCUCCAAGUCCCGAUCCCCGUCUCCGUCCCAUCUCUCCCCCGGCCCAGCCUCGCAGACAACAUCGUCAGCUCCCCUCGAGGCCAGUACCUGCAACGAGUCGCAACAACUACAAUCCGCGAACAUGAACAAGAAGCAACCUUCAUGGCAGCCCCAGCCUGGUCCACAAUGCGCCAACCCCUCCCCCUCCUCCUCCAAACCUUCCAAGGCCUCUCGACCCAAAAUGAAGAUUUCUGGUUCCCCGCCUGCGCCUACUUCUCGCGCGAAUCCUUCCCCACCGGCGCAAUCCUGUACCACGAAGGCGACAUUCCGCGCGCCUUCUACCUCCUCGAAUCAGGCAUGUUGCGCUGCGAGUACGAUCUUCCACAAGGCCGGUACUUUGAACUUGUCGUCGCGGGCCGGCCCUGCGGCGAGCUGCCGUUCUUCAGUGAUACGCGCCGCACGGCGACGGUGAAGGCGGAACACGAGUGUAUUGCUUGGUCAUUGAGUGAUGAGCGGUGGAAGGAAUUGCAGGAGAAAGAACCUCGCAUCGCUCGCGAACUGUUGACUGUUAGCUUGAAGCUAACGACUGAGAGGAUGGAUUGCAUCACCUCGUACGUGUUAACGAUGGCUGCUUGA